UAGUCUUGUUUGGUUGGCCACUCGGCUAUCACCAAACCCGACGGAAUAGAUAAACAGACGACGGAUACGUGCGCUAUACCAAAUACCUCGCUGCGCCUCAGUUUCAGCGGAGACGUACCGACCGUGCUCUCUCCCAGGUUACGAACUCGAUAGAUACCAUAGAUACCUCUAGCCCUUGGAACUUAGGGGUAUCCAAUUGUCUUGGUUAUCCCUUUCCUCAAGUCUUUCUGUAUCGCCGAUCUCACAUUCGAUCGAUGGCCAGUGUGCGAACAUUUUGGCCCUACACUUGGAUCUUAGCCUCUUGUCGCAAGGCUGUUCAGGUUUAACGACUUCUUUCACACAACUCCUCUAUCAACAUAUGCGACAUGGCGGACCCUAACAAGGAUACUACCCAGGGGACUCCCCGUAGACCGAGAGCGCCUACUAUUACGAUUGACACGACGAAUGAUACUGAGCCCACGGUUGCCGCCUCUCAUCAAUCGCCCGUUUCUCCUCAUGAUGAUUCUGUAAGCCCGACUGCAUUGACGGCGAGUUGGACACCUGAAAGGACUACUGCUCCUUUAACGCCGCAGCCGUCAACCGUGAGCUCUAAGGGAGAAGCGCGGCAAACGCAUUCGUUUGACAGUGUUAGGGAUAGUAGACCGACUAGCCCACAUAACGUUUCUAGUCCUGUUACCGCGAGAGCCAACGAGAAGGGCCAGGCUUUCCUCUCUGUUCCGGAGAGUCACCACCGCUCGAGGCAAAAUUCCGUUGAUAGCGAGGAUGGUGCGCGAUCAUUUACUUCCUCCCAGGGUGAGACGGUCACGGCAUCGAAGCACUCGUUCGACAACGAGAAGAUUAUGAAGGACGAGGAUGCAUUGAAACCCGAUCAAGGCAGGGAGGCCGAUUUCGAAGUGGCGAACAACCCUUUUGCGUAUAGUCCUGGUCAACUCACCAAAAUGUUUAACCCGAAAAGUUUAUCAGCUUUUUAUAAGCUCGGAGGCCUAGCCGGAAUGGAAAAGGGACUUCGUACUAACCGCGAUACUGGGUUAAGCCCCGACGAAAAGUACUUAGAAGGGACAGUCUCGUUCGAAGAGGCAACAAGCCGUUCCUCUAAGCCGGCUAAAGAUGGCAUGGAAAGUUCGCAGGCACCGGCCGUCCACCCCCAUGGACAUGAGCAUGGAUCCGACGACCACUUCAUCGAUAGGAAACGAGUUUACGGAGACAACCGAAUCCCCGAGAAGAAAGGCAAAAGCUUUUUGGAGUUGGUGUGGAUUACUUAUAACGACAAGGUCUUGAUUCUGCUUUCCGUCGCCGCCGUAGUGUCUCUUGCCAUUGGUCUAUACCAGACAUUUGGCGGUGAGCACGAUGAUGGGCAGCCGUCCGUCGAAUGGGUCGAAGGCGUAGCUAUCAUUGUGGCCAUUGUUAUCGUGGUAUUGGUUGGAUCUUUGAACGAUUGGCAAAAGGAAAGGCAAUUCGCGAAACUAAACAGGAAGAAGCAAGACCGACUGGUUAAGGUCGUCAGAGCAGGUAAAACUAUGGAGAUAUCUAUUUUCGAUCUCCUGGCUGGCGACGUCGUUCACUUGGAACCUGGCGAUCUUAUUCCUGUUGAUGGUAUUCUCAUCCAAGGCUUUAAUGUCAAGUGCGACGAAUCGCAAGCAACCGGUGAGUCGGAUGUCAUACGCAAAAGGCCGGCCGAUGAGGUAUUUGCCGCUAUCGAGAAUGGAGAGGAUACAAGGAAGCUGGACCCUUUCAUUCAGUCUGGAGGCAGAGUGAUGGAAGGUAUGGGAACAUUUUUGGCUACGUCUACUGGUAUCUACUCGAGCUACGGCAAAACGAUGAUGUCCCUAAGCGAAGAUCCCGAGAUUACACCCCUCCAGUCGAAGCUCAACGUUAUUGCCGAAUACAUUGCGAAGCUCGGAGGCGCCGCUGGUCUGCUCUUGUUCAUUGUGUUAUUCAUCUUGUUCCUGGUUCGCGUCCCGUCAAACAAUAAUAUGACACCGUCUCAGAAAGGUCAAGAAUUCAUCGAGAUUUUCAUCGUCGUGGUUACUAUCAUCGUUGUUGCGGUGCCAGAAGGUUUGCCUCUUGCUGUGACAUUAGCACUGGCCUUUGCUACAAACCGCAUGAUCAAGGACAACAACCUGGUGCGUCAUUUGAAAGCCUGCGAGGUUAUGGGAAAUGCGACAACGAUCUGCUCCGACAAGACUGGUACCUUAACCCAAAACAAGAUGACGGUUGUUGCUGGGACGAUCGGGACGUCGCAUCGAUUCGGAAGCGGGCCAUCUGAGAAAGGACAAGAGCUAUCAGAGAAGGAAUUUGGUAGCACUCUCAGCAAGGAAGCUCAAGAAAUUCUGCUCAAGUCUAUCUCGCUCAACUCGACAGCUUUUGAAGGCGAGGUGGAGGGUGUGAAAACGUUCAUCGGAUCCAAGACCGAGACGGCGCUAUUGGAAUACGCUAAGGCUUAUCUCGGCAUGGGACCGGUAAGUGAGGAACGAUCGAACGCCAAGAUGCUACAGAUUAUUCCGUUCGAUUCUGGCCGAAAGUGUAUGGGUGUGGUUAUUCAGCUUGAGAAUGGCGGUGUUCGUUUAUACGUCAAGGGUGCGUCGGAAAUCGUGCUUCAGAAGUGUUCGUCAAUUCUUCGUAACCCUACCCAGGAAGCAUCCAGUGCCCCGAUUACCAUGGACGAUGUCGAAACUGUCAAGGCCCUCAUUGAAGACUAUGCGUCUAGGUCUCUGCGAACUAUCGGAAUUGUUUACCGCGAUUUUGAGAGGUGGCCUCCACGAAAUGCCAGACGCGCCGAAGGCGGCCAGAACGAGGUGAUAUUCGAGGACGUUUUCAAGAACAUGACAUUCGUUGGUAUGGUCGGUAUCCAAGACCCUCUCCGCGAAGGAGUUCCCGAGGCGGUUAAGCAAUGUCAGAGGGCUGGUGUAGUUGUUCGCAUGGUUACCGGUGACAACAAACUUACGGCUCAGGCUAUCGCAAAGGAGUGUGGCAUAUUGCAGGCAGACGACGGGUUGGUAAUGGAAGGACCAGAAUUCCGAAACCUAAGCAAAUAUCAGCAAAACGAGAUCAUCCCCCGCCUCCGUGUGCUUGCGCGCUCUAGUCCCGAAGAUAAACGUAUUCUCGUGCGUCGUCUGAAAGACAUGGGCGAAACUGUCGCUGUCACUGGAGAUGGUACAAACGAUGCGCCUGCCUUGAAGCUUGCUGACGUUGGAUUUUCCAUGGGUAUUGCUGGUACUGAAGUGGCCAAAGAGGCGUCUGCUAUCAUCCUUAUGGAUGAUAACUUCAACAGUAUUGUGAAGGCCUUGAAGUGGGGUCGAGCCGUAAACGACGCCGUCAAACGUUUCCUCCAGUUCCAACUUACCGUCAACGUUACCGCCGUUGUAUUGACCUUUGUCACGGCUGUUUCCAGUAGCGAUGAAGGCUCCGUGCUAACAGCAGUUCAGCUUCUCUGGGUCAACUUGAUUAUGGACACUCUCGCAGCUCUUGCCCUUGCUACUGACCCUCCUCAGGACAGUUGCUUGGACCGGAAACCAGAGCCCCGAGGCGCCAGUAUCAUCUCGAUAACGAUGUGGAAGAUGAUUCUAGGCCAAGCUUUUUACCAAUUAGCAAUUACUUUCAUACUUUACUACGGUGCGAUCUCUAUUGGCGUAGUCGAAGAAGGCGAAUGGGCAUACCCACAACGCGACACCCUUGUUUUCAACACCUUCGUAUGGAUGCAGAUCUUUAACCAAUGGAACAAUCGUCGCCUGGACAAUCGCUUCAAUAUUUUCGAAGGCUUAUCGCAGAAUUGGUACUUCACUAUAAUCAAUCUAGUUGUGUCUGGUAUACAAGUCCUCCUGAUCUUUGUUGGUGGAGCUGCCUUUAGUAUUUCCGGGUCCAAGCCAUCACAGACCGGUCCUGAAUGGGCAUGUGCGAUAGUUCUUGGUGUCCUUUCCAUCCCCAUUGGCAUGGUCAUUCGUCUGAUUCCGGAUGAGCUGGUCAGCAAAUGUGUCCCUAAUAUCCUCAAGAAGAAGCGCCGCAUCCCCGGAUUGAUGAUUUCGGACGAAGAGCGGUUUAACGAAUACCCCGAGGUUCUUGCUGAUGUUAGAGAUGAGCUUGCAUUCUUGAAGAAGCUCAAGGGUGGUCGCCUGAACAACCUGAAAUUUGCCGUCCGACAAACUCGAGACAAUUUAAUUUCGAAGACGAGGAGCCCAUCUCAUUCCCGAUCUAAUUCGAUGAGGGCGCCGCAAACUCCGACUCGCGAAGAUAGUUUCAGCGCAUCGUCCCCAGCACCCACUCCUGAUUCCCGGAAGCGGUCUAGGUCGAUAAGGUCACGAUCUAAUUCAGCUCUGGGGGCUCCUACGGUUAUGGCUGGCAUUAUUGCUGGUAGCGUAGCCGCUGGAUGGUCACCGAUAGAAAGGACUGGAGAUCGCGAUUUUCCACCAAGUCGUCCGACACCUUCGCCACUAUCUAGUCGCGAACACAGCGAAUUGGAGCCAGCGCCUGUCCUGACGGAGGAACCGAUGUCGAUCGAGGACUCUGGCCCUUCACAUGUUCCUCAGCUUAGCGUCCCGCAACCACCUCAAAAGCAAAAAUCUAUUUCUUAGGCGGCAUGAAUGAAGUUUUGGUUUAGACUACCCUAUUAUGUCGAUCUCGCCCGAUACUAUGAUAUCUGGAGGUAACGAGAACAUGCAGUGCACGCAGACGACGAGUCAAGUAUAUUAGAAUACAACUCGUAUAAUAAUGUUAAUCUACGCCCCGUGGCCGAGGUCAACACGGGUUGUUGGUCUGAUCUAUUACUUCAACCCCGACAGGGCCCACGGAGAAGACUCUAUACCGGGGAUUACUGUGUCAAGUAUGGCUACGGGCGAACCACAGACGUCAAUAAGCGCUCCUUGCUGGAAUGCGUAAUUUAGUGGUUCGCGAUUCCCGGCUUGUGUGCUACUGGGACGAGAGGGUACGGAUGUUAUG